AUGGUGGCGUCGGCCAAGGGACGGCUCGUGUCCGUGCUCGCGGUGGCGGCGGCGCUCGCCGCCGUGCUCCUCUACCGCGCGCCCUUCUCCAAGAGCUUGGGCGGCGAAGGGUGCAGCCUCCUCCCGCACGACCACUUCUGGAUCGCCAGCGACCGCGUCGUCACGCUCGGCCGCGUCGGCCCCGCCGCAGUGGAGGUCAAAGGAGGGCUCAUCAACGCCAUCGCCGUCGGGGACUACCGGAGCUUCGUGCUCCGCCGGCCGCUCCUGGACUACGGGGACGCCGUCAUCAUGCCCGGCCUCAUCGACGUGCAUGCCCAUCUCGACGAGCCUGGACGUGCCGAGUGGGAGGGCUUCUCCACUGGUACAAGAGCAGCUGCGGCAGGUGGGAUAACGACGUUGGUGGAUAUGCCACUCAACAGCUUCCCAUCAACAGUCUCUGAAGAAACUCUCAAAAUGAAGCUGGAAGCAGCUCAAGAUAAGCUAUAUGUUGAUGUGGGGUUCUGGGGAGGACUUGUGCCAGAGAACGCCUUCAACCCAAGUGCUUUGGAGGGCCUCCUAAACGCAGGCGUUUUAGGACUCAAGUCUUUUAUGUGCCCGUCAGGUAUCAACGACUUCCCCAUGACAAAUUCAACUCAUAUCGAGGAAGGAUUGGUUACACUGGCAAAAUACAAGAGACCUUUACUUAUCCAUGCAGAACGUAUACCUGAGGCUGAGGGUGAUGAUGUGCAAGAGGAUGAACUAGAUCCUCGAUCCUAUAUGACGUAUCUAAAGUCUAGACCACCAUCAUGGGAGGAAGCAGCUAUCGGAGAUCUACACCGUGCAAUGAAGGAUACGGAGUCGGGUGGUCGGUCCGAAGGAGCUCAUAUUCACAUUGUUCAUCUAUCAGAUGCAAAAACUUCCUUGGAACUUAUGAAGGAUGCUAAACGCAGUGGUGCAAGUUUAUCAAUAGAAACAUGCCCUCAUUACCUGGCAUUUUCAUCUGAAGAAGUUCCAGAUGGAGAUACUCGCUUUAAAUGUUCUCCUCCCAUACGUGAUGACACAAACAGAGAAAAUCUUUGGAAAGCUCUACUUGAUGGACACAUAGACAUGCUAAGUUCAGACCACUCGCCAUCAACUCCUGAUCUCAAACUAAUGGAGGAAGGCAACUUUUUAAGGGCAUGGGGAGGCAUAUCAUCCUUGCAGUUUGUCCUCCCGGUGACAUGGUCAUAUGGGCGAAAGUAUGGCAUUACUCUGAAUCAGCUAGCCUCAUGGUGGAGCGAAAAGCCAGCCAAGCUUGCAGGCCAAAAGAACAAGGGAGCCAUUCUACCCGGAUACCAUGCUGACAUAGUAGUAUGGAAACCCGAAACCGAGUUCCAACUUGAUGACAGCCAUGCUAUAUAUCAUAAACAUCAGAAUAUUUCGGCGUAUCUAGGAAAGCAACUUUCUGGUAAGGUCCUGUCAACUUUUGUGAGAGGAAACCUAGUGUUUGCUGAAGACAAGCAUGCAAAUGUUGCUUGUGGUGUUCCUAUCCUCGCUAAGUAA